AUGCGUCCAGCACAGACGGCCCGGUUCGGACCUACCUCGGAGCCUGACGGCGGCUCAGGAGGCACGGCGGCGGCGACGACGAGGGCACCCAGCAGCUCCGGGAAUGCCGAGGUCCGGCAGAGACGGCGGCGCGAUCGCCAAGCCUCGGCAGAGGCGGCGGCCCGGGGGGGGGGGGGGGGGGAGGGGAGCGAUCGCCAAGCCUCGGCAGAGGAGGGGGCACCGGGGGUGUGUGUGUGGGGGGGGGGCGCGGUGGCCAAGCCUCGGCAGAGGUGGCAGCACCCGGGAGGCGCGCGAACGCCUAGACCCGCAGAGGCGGCGGGCACCAGGAGGGGGUGGGGGUGGCGAGAACGCCAAAACCCGCAGAGGAGGCAGGCAACAGAGGGUCCGCGAACGCCAAGACCCAACAGGGGCGGCGGCGGCAACGAUCAGCGUCCCGGGGACUCCGUCCCCCACACGCGCCGCCCCCUCCCCCGCACAAUCACGCGAACCCGGGGACCUGCCCCCCCACACCCGCUCCCGCGGUUAGGAACCCCUCACCACUCAGCCCAAGACCACCAGCAGCAAGGAAACUAAACACCCAAUCUCUGACAGCAACUCCACCACAAGCUCCUCCUGCGCAUGCGUAGGGCCUGGGGAGAAGGAGGCGGGGCCGAAUUGCUGAACU